GCAGCGUCCCUCCUCCCAUACAUCACAACUAACAAGCAAACAGAGCUUCCUUCCUCCCUGGCUGAUGGAUGGUGGUGAUCCAGCGAAACUCAAAGUCCACCUAGUCACCCGCACCGACUCGCCCGAGUUCGCGCUCCUGAGCUCGGCGCUGAGUCGGACCUCGGUGGUAGGCCUGGACGCGGAGUGGAAGCCCGUCCGAAGGUCGUUCCCGAGGGUGGCGGUGCUCCAAAUCGCGUGCGGCGACUCGGCGGUGUUCGUACUGGACUUGCUGUCGCUUCCCCUCUCUUCCCUGUGGGACCCCCUGCGCGAGUUGCUGCUGUCCCCCGACAUCCUCAAACUCGGAUUCGGAUUCAAGCAGGAUUUGGUCUAUUUGUCCUCCACUUUCGCCUCCCACGGCGGUUUCGAUAAGGUUGAGCCAUAUUUGGAUAUCAAGAGUGUGUACAACCAUCUGCAGCAUAAUAAGAAGCAUGUACCCAAGCAAAGUAAGAGUUUGUCAACCAUAUGUACAGAAGUAUUGGGGUUUUCGCUCUCCAAGGAACUCCAAUGUAGUGAUUGGUCAUAUCGUCCGCUAACAGAAGAGCAGAUAACAUAUGCAGCUAUGGACGCUCAUUGCUUGCUUGACAUAUUUGAGGUCUUCCAGACAAAGUUUGUCAAAAAAGGAGACUUGAUUCUUGAGACUACGGUAUUGUCUUAUCCUAAUGCAGGUCUUGGGUUGAAAGAGCUUUUCAGAAAUCAUGACACGAGUGAUAAAGUCCUAAGAGCACAGUUUUGUGAAGCUUUAGCAAUUGUCCAAGCCACUACUUGUUCUGAUGCUGCUCAGAUGAUACCUUUAGCAGGGGGAAUGAUCCAAAAAUCAUCAUGUUGGGUUACUGUGCCAAUGGAUGAAGUUUUGUUGAAAGUUGUGAAAAAAUAUGGUGAUAGGAUUUUGCUUAAGGAGUCAGACAGAAAGCCCAAAAGCUCAAAAAAGAAAGGGAAGAAGCAUUCACUAUUUAAUGGGAUUAGUCAAGAAAAACAUUUUGAGAAGUCUGAUGGUUGGCAAGGUACCCCACCUUGGGAUCCUUUGGUGGGGGGAAAUGGAUAUCCAAAGUUCCUUUGUGAUGUCAUGGUUGAAGGCUUGGCAAAACAUUUACGGUGUGUUGGGAUCGAUGCUGCAGUUCCUUAUUCAAAGAAGCCUGAACCAAGGAUGUUGAUAGAGCAAGCACAAAAAGAGAAACGAGUGAUUUUGACGUGGGAUGCAAAGUUGCUUAGACAUGAUUAUCUGACACAAAACCAAAUCUAUAGAGUGAAGAGUCUUCUAAAAAAUGAACAGCUACUUGAGGUUAUUGAAGCUUUUCAGAUAAAAAUUAAUGAGGAUAAGCUAAUGUCAAGGUGCACAAAAUGCAAUGGGACAUUUAUUCAGAAGCCACUGACAACUGAAGAGGCUAUUGAAGCUGCGAAGGGCUUUCAAAGAAUUCCAAAUUGCUUAUUUAACAAGAAUUUAGAGUUUUGGCAGUGCAUGGAUUGUCACCAACUUUAUUGGGAGGUAUUGUUUACCUGUCAAUUGCUUAUUUAAAGAGGGAACCCAAUACCAUAAUGCAGUUCAGAAGUUCAUUGACAUUUGCAAACUGAGUGACUAAUUUGAACUACUCUCAUUUCUCUGUGAUGUGUUUUCGAGUAUGGUGCCAUCAAAUAACUUUCGAUGGAAGAAAAAAGUCGUUUUCACUUUAAUGUAUGUUUUAAUGCAGUUUUAUUCAUGUGAUGUAGUUUAUAUUUUACACAUUGAUUUGGCCAUCACUGCCCCCACUCUUGGUUGUUCCUGUGUAUUCUACUGAAUGCAAGAACCGAAACCACAUUGAAUUUCAAUAAAAAUAAAUAAAUAGGUUUAAUUGUACA